UCGUUGACUUACGCGUUUUUAUGUUUUGCCGCACAGUGUCAGCCUAUUGUGAAAAUCGCAACAAUCGCGGUUUAUUGUUGUAUUGUACGCGUAUGUAUGUGUGUGUGCGUGUGCGCUGCGUGCGUGUACGUCGAAUUCGUAGGCAGACCACAAUACGCACAAACUCGCAACAACAACAACAACAACAACAACAACUAAAACAGCUACAGAAACAGCAUCGGCAACUGCGGCUGCGACUGCGACGUGCCGUUCUGUUCUGUUCCGUGCCGUGUCGUGUUGAAAGCGCAAAUGUAAAUAUGUGCGCACACAUGCAGCAACAUAAAUUAAAUCGAGUUAAAUCGCAUAAGAUUCAUACUAAAGUCGAAAUAUUAAAUUAAUUGCUGCACAACAACACUCGGUCAUUUGCCACUGUUUGGGGUUUUUGUCUGUGUGCGGCCUGUGCCUCUGUGCCUGUGUGUGUGUCUGUAUGUGUAUGGGCGCUUGUGCGUUGGGGCUUAUAUUUGUUUGAGCGUCAGCUGCCUGCGUCUGUGUGUGUAUGUGUACGUGUGCGUGUGCGUUUGCAACAUCUGUUGGACGGCCUGUGGGCGAAUCUAAUUUCCGUUGCCGCACCGCUUUUCAGCAGCGGUUAUCCGUUUUGUUGAUGUCGCGUCAAUUUCAAUUACGACGUCCUCCUCUUCGGCUUGCGCCGCGCUCUUGGCAAGUGCGACGUCUGUGAGAAAAAUCCACAAAAAAAGUUCUUAUCUAUUUAACUUAAAUCUCAAAAAGAAAAAGUCAAAUAUCCUCUCAACAUCAAAUAUCAAACUCAGACCAACAACUGAAUUAAACAUUAAGAUAUAUUCCCAUUAUAUAAAUGAAAAUAAAUAUCAGCAGCAAUUUAAUAAAAGCUCCAAGGAUUUACUUGAUUAAAACGUAAAGCAACAAAAUUGCAAAUUCAUCGUGCAACAUUUUUAUUAAAAUAUUUCUCAAUUACUCAACGCAAUAUAAAAUGCGUAAAAUAUACUGAUAUGCGAGUACAUACAUACUCGUAAAUACUUGUAUAAAAAUACCAAAAUUCAUAAAAUGCUUGCAACAAAAUGCGAACUAACCAAGUCAAUGGGAUGAAAACUGAGAGGGCAAUGCUGCAAAGGCACUGUCGCAGCUCCUGCUGCACUGGCGGCCACUGGUGGAGCAAAUCAAGCAUGCUGGACGACUACGCAGGACUCGGCUGCUCGGCGCUGGCUUUUGUCCUGUACCUAAACACAUUAAACGCUGGAUUUGUCUACGAUGACAGACGCGCCAUCUUGGGCAACGUUGAUGUGACUGGCGGCGAAGGAGAAGGAGCAGGCGAAGGCGAAGGCGCAGGGGACAGCUAUGGCGUCAGUUCACUGCUGUUGCACGACUACUGGGGCACUGCGUUGACGGACAGCGGCUCCCAUGGCUCCUGGCGACCACUGUGCGUGCUGAGCUUCCGCCUUAAUUUCCUGCUUGGCGGCCUGAACAGCUUUGGCUUCCAUUUGGCCAAUGUUCUGCUGCAUUGUGUGGCCACGGCGCUGGUGGUGAGUGUGGCACGCACUCUUCUACCGGCUCGGAACGUUGUUGGUGUGCUGGCCGCGGGCGCCCUCUUCGCCGUUCAUCCCACACAUACGGAGGCGGUGGCUGGUCUGGUGGGACGCGCCGAUUUGGCCGCUUGCGUAUGCUAUCUGCUCACAUACCUCACAUACCGCCGGCACAUGUGUUGGAGGGCGCGCGGCGAGCAACGCCAAUGGCUGGCGUUGGCGUUGACGCUGCUUCUGGCGCUUGCCGCACUGCUCUGCAAAGAGACCGCAAUUACAGCUCUGCUACUCUGCGGCCUAUGCGAUGUGCUUAGGCUGCGGCAUGCGGACAAGCAUCGCCUACGGUCGCUGUGCAUCUUAAGUGCGGCCCUGGCCUGCGCCGUCUAUUGCCGCCUCAGUUUGCUGCCGCGGCCGCAAAGCGCAUUCGCAGCAGCGGACAACCCGACGGCGCACACGAACUGCUGGUGGACGCGCACACUGACAUUCCUCUAUCUGCCGGCGUUCAACUUCUGGCUGCUGCUCUGGCCGCAGGUGUUGAGCUUUGACUGGGGCAUGGACGCAAUACCCCGCAUUACUACGUUCUGGGAUAGUCGCAAUGCGCUGAGCGCGAGCUUCUAUGGCGCCGCUGCAUUGCUCGUGUGGAAGUGCGCGCGUCUGCAUGCGAUGCCACCAAAUAAGAAUGGGAGCAACAACAACAGCAGCAACAGCAACAGCAAUGUGAGCAGCAGAGGCAGCAGUAGGAAUAGGAGCGGAAGCGGUAGUAGUAGUGGUAGUGGAUGUGGAAGUGGAAGUGCUAGUAGCUCCGUAGACUAUGCGGCUGUGGCCAGCAGCAUUUCUUUGCCUAUAUUGCGGCGUUUGGGCGGCAGCGGUUGCUAUGCCUGGCACGGCCUCAGCUGCCCAUGCCCCUGUCAGCACCAGCUACGACAUUUGCUCAUGACCAGCAACAGUAAGAGUAGCAGCUCGAAACCCGCCGCUUCAGAUACAUCAACAACAACAACAGCCAGCGUGAGCUGCGUGCUGCUCUUGUCCUGUGCCUUUCUCGUGCUGCCUUUUGUGCCCGCAAGCAAUCUGUUCUUCCAUGUGGGCUUCGUGGUCGCCGAGCGUCUGUUGUACCUGCCCAGCGUGGGCUAUUGCCUGCUCAUUGGCUAUGGCUUCUCCAAGCUCUGGGCACGUUUGCCUUCCGGCCGAAGCCAGUUGCUGCUGCUCUGCUGCUUUGGGCUGCUCCUGAGCGCCUACAGUGUGCGCACCGUGCGUCGCAACAUGGACUGGCGGAAUGAGGAGCAGUUAUAUGGCAGCGCCGUGCCGGUAAAUCCACCAAAAGCGCUCGGUAAUUUGGGCAGCGUGCUGAGCUCUCAGGGGCGCUACGAGGAGGCCAAGCUGGCUCUAAAUGCCGCCAUCGCACAUCGCCCCAACAUGGCAGACGCGCACUUUAAUUUGGGCAUUGUGCAUCAACAACAACAGAACUACAGCGCCGCCUUGCCCUGCUACAGGCGUGCGAUUCAACUUCGCCCCCAACUGGCCACCGCCUAUCUGAAUCUGGGUACAUCGUUGCUGGCUCUCGAACGGCACAAGGAGGCCGCCGAGGUGUUGCUCCUUGGCGCACGCCUUGAAGGGCGUGGCGUGCGUGAUCGUGCCGCUCAUGAGGAGGCACGCUAUAGCGCUUAUCUGCAGCUCGGUGCACUCUAUCGCAUACAAAACAAGCCGGAGAGGGCUUUAGACGUUUUCCGCGAAGCCCUGGACAACUUGCCGCUGCAUCAGCAGCAGCGUGCAGUGCUGCAUCAGCGUUUGGGCGAUGUGCUGGGCGAACUACAGCAGUGGCAUGCAGCAGAGUGGCAUCAUCGGACCGCGCUACAAUUGCAGCCGCAACGUGGAGCGGCCUACGUGUCCUACGGCCUCACACUGGCCAGAAAUAGCAGUCGAUAUGCCGAGGCGGAGCAUUGGUUCAAACGUGCCCUGCAACUGGCACCGUCAGAGGCCAGCGCACAUCAUCAUUACGCCGACUUCCUCGACCGUCAGGAGCGUCGCAUCGAGGCACUUGCUUAUCAUCAGCGUGCGGCUGCGCUUGCGCCCUUGGACUAUGCGCUACUUAGUGCUGUGGCCGACGCCCUGCGCCUCCUCAAUCGACUUCCCGAGGCCGAACUCUGGUACCGCAAGGCGGCGGCGCUUCGACCACAGGCUGCGCAUGCACAUGCGAACUUGGGCGCCAUACUCCAGAUGCGGGGCUUCAAGCAACAAGCUGUGGACUGCUAUCGCGAGGCACUGCGUCUGCAGCCUGGACACGCGACGAGUCGCGCAAAUCUGGCGAAAAUGAAUGUGGAUAUCGAUGCAAGCGCCUAGCGCCGGCUGACGUCAUGCACAAGUUGACAGGGGCUUACCAAAUGCACAUGAUUUAUGUAUAUCCAAUAUUGUAAAUAGUUAUCCACAUACAUAUACAUAUUUCGUAUAUCAGCUUAAACUACCUACAUACAUAUAUAUUGUAUAUUGUUGACCAAAAGCCAUAGAAAUUUACGCAGUCUUCGCAACGCAAAAGCAAGACAGCGGCCUAAUCUUAAGUGACAAACUAUGUAUAGUGAGUAAUGUGCAUGAACUGGAUUAGAGAUCGGCUGAAAAGAAGAAAAUUAUAUAGCAAAUGAACUGAAUGGUAUUACAUAAAUGUAAAAAAACAAACAAUACAUAUAAAUAUAUAUAUAUAUAUAAAUAAAAAUAUAUGCAUAUAUUUUCCAAUUCAAAUAAAAACGGUUACCAAAUGUUAAAAAAUCAA